AUGCGCCAGACCCAACUAGCCAAAAUCCAGCCGCGCGAGGAGGCACUGGACUCCAUCAUGCGGGAGACGGAGGAGGAACGGCAGGCGGCGUUGAUCGCCUCGAGCGUCCUGGAUGAAGCGCUGGGCGACAUCCGCCUCCAGUACGAGGCUUAUGCUGAGGACUUGGCGAGGAGGAUCAGGGACGCUCGCGGCAUUCUCGACGCAGCCGCUGCCCACGAGCGGCGGGCAUCGGAGGCCGACGCCUCGCUGCGGGCCCGGACGGCGGCACUCGAGGCUGAACGCAGGGCCUUGGAUGAUCGUGCCCGCUCCGCACAGGAGUUUGAAGCCACGAUCCAUCGGCGGAUCGAGGUCCUCGACCGGAGCCAGUGCGAACAAAACGCGCGCGGCCAGGAACAGGCGCAGCGGGCCAAGGAUCUGGAGGAGCGAGCGUGCCUGUUAGAUCAGCGGGAGUCCACCUUGGCCGUCCAUGAGAGAACGGCGGCGGAGGUGGAGGCCUCCCUUCGCCUUCGCGAAGAGGCCGCAGCUGAGCGUGACCGGAUCACCCUUACUGCGAAAGCUUCCGCGGACCACCGCGCGGAAGAGCUACGGCUGCGGGAAGAGGCAUGCCGGGAGCGGGACGCCGCACUCGCCGAGCGCGAAGCCGAGGUGAACCGCCGCGAGGUAGCCUUGCGCCGGCUGGGUGAGCAACUCACGAAACGUGAGGAGGCUGUUGCCGGGCGCGAGGCCCAGCAUCUGGAGAGCGCUCGCGCCGAGCGUGCGGCAAUAGUGGUGAAGGCUUCCGAGUUGGAGGCCUGGGAGAAGGACUUGGCAGCAGGCGGGCCGCCCGGCGGCGCGGGGUUGGUGAGCCAGCUCGCCAUGGCUCAGAAUACCCUCGCCGACCUGGAGCGCCUGGUGCAAGAUCAGGCUGGGGAGAUCGCGGCCCUCUGCCUCACCAACGAGAUCGGGCCCGGGCAACUCUCCGACGCCGUCGACCGGCUGGAGAGCGCGGGGCGCCGAGUCGGCGUCUCUGUGUGUCGGGAUAGCAAACUUCCGCCCACACAGCCAGCACUCGCGCUUCGGCUGGACGGGCUGGCGGCGGAUCUGGAGAGGCUAGAGGAGGAGGUCGGCGAGACCAUAAAGUCGUCGUCAGCUUCUUUGUCCCGGGCUGUGGUGGAGCUGGUCCUCGCAAGCCACCAAGCGCGUGACCCCGACUUCGUCCCAUGGCGCGCGCUCGAAGAUUUCCCCCCGAGAACUGAGGCAAAGGCCCGGGAGCAAGUCCGGGAGGCGGCCGACACGAUUGUCUCGAACUUCGAGAGGUCGGCCCCCCGGUUCACCUUCGGGCUUGCCUCGGACGAGGAGAGCGGAAGUGGGGGUGACGACAAUGACGUGGGCAACGAAGACUGGGACGACGUCAUCAGCGGCGCCGGCCUCGGGGGCCCGGGCACUCCGUGA